AUGAAAGUUGAGAUCGUCAGAAAGCGUGCUUACUUAGAUAUUUCUAUAGGCGGACUGAAAACUGGGAGAAUCGUUCUAGAACUCUACGACGAUUUGGCACCUAAAGCAUCGAGAAAUUUUAUUGACCUAUGUACAAGUACUUCAACUCGUUGUUAUAAAGGAACAUGCUUCCACAGAGUCAUUAAAAACUUUAUGGUCCAAUCUGGAGAUUGGAUGUACGGAAAGGAUUUACAGAAUUACCCCAAUGAUAAACUUGGUAGCCUAUAUGAAUCGUUUGAUGGUAGUUUGUUUGAAGGUGAAAAUUUAGAAGAACCUAUCAAUGAACCAUUUAAAUUAUGUAUGGCUAAUAAUGGAGAUAAAAACUGUAACGGGUCUCAAUUCUUCAUAAAUACGUUUCCUCAGCCACAUUUGAACGGAAAACACACUGUUUUUGGAAGAGUCUUACAUGGUAAAUCGGUAGUGCGUGAGAUGGAGAGAGUUAAUACAGACUCUAAUAAUUUUCCUGUGAGGGAAGAGAUUAUCUUGAUUGAAGAUUGUGGCGAAUGGGAGGAGGGAAUGGAUGUUCCUAUAUACAAUGCAAGCUAUGACCAAAUUGGGGGAGACAUCUUCGAAGAGUACCCAGAUGACGAUACUCAUAUUGACAAAGAAAGCUCUGAAUCGGUUUACAAGGCUGCAGUCAAGAUAAAGGAAAGUGGAAAUUUAUUACUAAAAGGUGGUGAUAAGAUAAAUGCCUACUUUAAAUAUCGCAAAUGUCUAAGAUAUGUCAUGGAAUAUAUUCCUGAUGAAGAUCAAGAACCCGAGUGGUUUCGCUCCUAUUCGGAGUUGAAGAAAAAAAUCUACUUGAACUUAUCAUUAGUUUGUUUGCAAUUAAAAAAUUAUAAGAAGGGAAUUGAUUAUUCCACAUUUCUACUUGAAACAGAUGGCAUAUCUGAGCAAGAGAGUGCCAAGGCAUACUUCAGAAGAGGAUCAUGCAAUUUACAAAUGAGAAAGUAUGAGAAUGCCAUUGAAGACUUGAAGAAUGCCCAAAAAUUCGCCAAUGGAGAUCACAACAUAGAAGAGAGUCUUAAAAGGGCACAAAAGUCUUUAGAGGAACGUAAUCAGAAAGAAAAAUCAAGAUAUGCUAAGUUUUUUCAAUGA